AGCUACGGAAUUAUGCAUGCCCUGCAUGUACCGGCGCGACUCGCUCAUAGAUAUUGCGUAGCUACACUUACACUCCACAGCUAGCUAGUGCAGUGGAUGGCUUCACUGUAACUUUUUGAGAUGUAGUAAAUUUGCUCUGAUUGAUCGUCGAUGCAUUUGAUUUUGCUUCAAAACAUUCUUUCCACCGACCAUAGAUCAUUGAUAUUUUCGCUUAUAGAGUGCACCAGAAAAUGGCAUUAAGAACUGUUUCCAGAAUAUUAUUAUCACAGUCGCAGAAGACUUCGCUCCGAAUAUGGAUGGCAGAAACGAAGAGAUUGUCAACAAGGCAUAUAUGUUGCUGUCCAUUCGCUGGGAACCCCGCGUGGGACAUUCAAACUUCUCAUCGCCCUAGUCGAACACCAUCUUUGCAAGUGCCAACAAGAACAUUUAUCUCCAUUCAGUCUCCACUCAACUUUGGAGGUAAAAAGAAGGAAUAUUCAGAGAGAAAAAUCAUAGGAUAUUCUAUGUCAGACAUGUAUGAGGUGGUGGCAAAUGUCGAAGACUACAAGAACUUUGUCCCCUGGUGCACCAAGUCUACCAUCGUAGCCAGGAAGGCAGGCCACUUCAGGGCACAGCUAGAGAUCGGCUUCCCGCCCUUGGUAGAGAGAUACAUGUCAACCGUCACUGUCGCUAAACCUCAUCUAGUCAGGGCUGUAUGUACUGAUGGAAGAUUAUUUAAUCAUCUGAUAACAACGUGGAGAUUUGGUCCAGGACCGAAAGGAAAACCAGACACGUGUAUGGUUGACUUCUCGGUCUCGUUUGAGUUCCGAUCGGUGCUCCAUUCGCAUCUAUCCCACCUCUUCUUUGAUGAGGUCGUGAAGAAAAUGGUGAAGGCGUUUGAGAUGAGAGCAGAAAAGAUGUAUGGCCCACAGACGAAUGUAUCGCGGUCUGCUCUCUUCCCCGAUACCCACUCUUGACGAAGACCCAAACUUAGUUAGAUGUUUUUUUAGUAAUCUUGUCAUGUAUUGUGUAGUUAGGCCGUUUUAUUAUGAGCAGCUGUUGUCACUAUCUCUUUGCAAGGAAUAUGGAACUCCUUACAUGUGGCAACAAUUACAUUAAAACAAAAAUAAGAACA